AUGCUUGAUGAGAACCUUCCCACCUUCCUCAUCAAACCCUCGAAAGACAAACCCAGGCAGGCGUCGACCCUUCUUUUCUCUCAACACGGAGCCGAGUUCGAACCGGCUUACACCCUCAGACAUCUCGACCCGGAACAGCAUGCGUCCAGGAACCGAUAUGCGGCGGCCCUUUAUGAUGCAUUCACUCCUGAUGUCCUUUACGCCGAGGUGCUGCUGAUCCCAGAAUGGACACAGCCUGCUCCUCUAUCGGAACAAGCAAAACUGAACGGAGCGAUCCCACCUCCACCAGAGCCCAUCCUUCCGACCGAAUUUACGAUUCAGCUGUAUAACCCGGACCAGCAGGUAACAGUGAGACACAAGGCGGCAAGUUGGAACACGGCAGCAUCGUGGCGGUUCGAGUUGCCUCAGCAGACAUUUCGGACACCGUCAAGUUCCGCGCUUGAUCGAGGACAGCACGACCCUGCCGCCUCCGAACUCACUCCUAAGAUCGGCUUUAAGUGGAAGAAAGACAGCAAAUUCUCGAAGGAUCUGGCAUGUUUCCUGUCGGGCAAGAGUACAGCCGUGGAAGGUAGCAAGGCGAAGAAUAAAGAGCCGGACAUCACUGUUUCAAUAUUCAAGGGUCUCAGAGAAAUCACGUUAUACGAGCCUAACCUGCAGCGAAUGGAUAUUGAGGAUCUCAAGGGAUUCGAGGUGGUGCUUUUGCUGGGCGCCAUGGUCAUUCGUGAUGUGUACUUUGGUUCACUCAGAGAAACAUUCAACAUUCCUUCUGCAGCAAAGAAAUCGAACCCAACUAGCCCAAUUCUAUCGGAUGUUUCUUCGACUCCAGAUAGUUUUCCUCUUCCAAUCUCACCAAACAAGGUGAACUACCAGCAAGCUGGUCGCGAUCCCCGCGUACCCCCUACCGACCCUCGAACGCAGUGGGAAAUCGAUGUCGAAACUGCGCGACUACGAAAACAAGCUGCCGACGAAGAACGAGCGAGACGCCGUCGGGCGGAGGAGGAAGAACGACUAACCAAACAGCUUCUGGAGCAGGAAGAGAAGGAGCAGCGUCAACGGCGGCAAGCUGAGAUUGACCGAGAGACCCAACGUCUUCAGCAAAUGUAUGGCCAAGCAGGUACUUCCUCGCAACCGAAUUUACCUCCCCGGGAUUCUCAUCAGCAGAGACACCAUUCUGACUCAAGACAAUCCGCAUACGUUCAGUCUCAACAAAACCCACAUUUCUCAACAUUCCACACCAAUGCCUGGAAUGGGUAUCCCGUCGGUGCACAAGCGAACGCACCUUAUAUGUCGGGUGCAGCGUCUCAGUCGAGCUUCCUCGGGUCUGUGUCCCCCACGGCACAACAUAGUCUGAAACAGAAAUCGAGCAUAUUCAGUUUUCGCCGCCGAAGUGACCAUGAUGCAAACAAAUUGCAGCGGAAAAGAAGUGCCGUCUUCUGA